GGAAUAUCAAACAGAUGAUUAAAUUAACGCAAGAACAUAUAGAGGCACUGCUAGACAAAUUUGGAGGAGAACAUAACCCACCAUCGAUAUAUUUGGAGGCCUAUGAAGAGUACACCAGCAAACUAGAUGCUCUACAGCAGAGAGAACAGCAGUUAUUGGAAUCCAUGGGGAAUGGAACAGAUUUCUCUGUUUCCAGUUCGGCUUCAACGGACACAGUUGCGUCAUCUUCCUCCUCUAGCCUCUCUGUAGCACCUUCAUCCCUUUCGGUUUAUCAAAACCCUGCUGAUAUGUCACGGAAUAACCCUAAGUCUCCACAGAAGCCGAUUGUUAGAGUCUUCCUGCCCAACAAGCAAAGGACUGUGGUUCCAGCAAGAUGUGGAGUGACAGUCCGAGACAGCCUGAAGAAAGCUCUGAUGAUGAGAGGUCUUAUUCCAGAAUGCUGUGCUGUUUACAGAAUACAAGAUGGCGAGAAGAAGCCAAUUGGCUGGGACACUGACAUUUCCUGGCUGACGGGAGAGGAGUUGCAUGUGGAAGUCUUGGAGAAUGUGCCACUCACGACACACAAUUUUGUACGAAAAACAUUCUUCACGUUAGCAUUCUGCGACUUUUGUCGAAAGCUGCUUUUCCAGGGAUUCCGGUGCCAGACAUGUGGCUACAAAUUUCACCAGCGCUGUAGUACAGAAGUGCCACUGAUGUGUGUUAAUUAUGACCAACUUGAUUUGCUGUUUGUCUCCAAGUUCUUUGAACAUCACCCCAUACCGCAGGAGGAGGCCUCCUUAGGAGAGACCACCCCAGCAUCUGGAUCGUACCCCUCAGUGCCCCCCUCAGAUUCUGUUGGACCACCAAUUCUCCCUAGUCCUUCUCCUUCAAAAUCCAUUCCAAUCCCACAGCCCCUCCGACCAGCAGAUGAAGAUCAUCGGAAUCAAUUUGGGCAACGCGACCGAUCCUCUUCAGCUCCCAAUGUUCACAUCAAUACAAUCGAGCCAGUCAAUAUUGAUGACUUGAUUAGAGACCAGGGUUUACGAGGAGAGGGAGCCCCUUUGAACCAGCUGAUGCGCUGUCUUCGGAAAUACCAAUCCCGGACUCCCAGUCCCCUCCUUCAUUCUGUCCCCAGUGAAAUAGUGUUUGAUUUUGAGCCUGGCCCAGUGUUCAGAGGUUCAACUGCAGGUUUGUCUGCAACACCUCCUGCCUCUUUGCCUGGGUCACUCACCAAUGUGAAAGCGUUACAGAAAUCACCAGGACCCCAACGGGAAAGGAAAUCAUCCUCAUCCUCAGAAGACAGAAAUAGAAUGAAAACCCUUGGUCGACGGGAUUCAAGUGAUGAUUGGGAGAUACCAGAUGGACAGAUCACAGUUGGACAAAGGAUAGGAUCUGGAUCAUUUGGAACAGUCUACAAAGGAAAGUGGCAUGGUGAUGUGGCAGUGAAAAUGUUGAAUGUUACGGCACCCACACCUCAACAAUUACAGGCUUUCAAAAAUGAAGUAGGAGUGCUCAGGAAAACACGGCAUGUGAAUAUCUUGCUAUUCAUGGGUUAUUCAACAAAACCCCAGUUGGCUAUUGUUACACAAUGGUGUGAGGGGUCCAGUUUAUAUCACCAUCUACACAUCAUUGAGACCAAAUUUGAAAUGAUCAAACUCAUUGAUAUUGCACGACAGACUGCACAAGGCAUGGAUUAUUUGCAUGCCAAGUCAAUCAUCCACAGAGACCUCAAGAGUAAUAAUAUUUUUCUUCAUGAAGACCUCACAGUAAAAAUAGGUGAUUUUGGUCUAGCUACAGUGAAAUCACGAUGGAGCGGAUCCCAUCAGUUUGAACAGUUGUCUGGAUCCAUUCUAUGGAUGGCACCAGAAGUUAUCAGGAUGCAAGAUAAAAACCCAUAUAGCUUUCAGUCGGAUGUGUAUGCGUUUGGGAUUGUUCUUUAUGAAUUGAUGACUGGACAGUUACCAUACUCAAACAUCAACAACAGGGACCAGAUAAUUUUUAUGGUGGGACGAGGAUACCUAUCUCCAGACCUCAGCAAAGUACGGAGCAACUGUCCAAAAGCUAUGAAGAGACUAAUGGCUGAAUGCUUAAAAAAGAAGAGAGAUGAGAGACCCCUUUUUCCACAGAUUCUUGCCUCCAUUGAGCUUCUGGCCCGGUCAUUGCCAAAAAUUCACCGCAGUGCAUCUGAGCCCUCAUUAAACCGGGCUGGCUUCCAGACAGAGGAUUUUAGUCUAUAUGCUUGUGCUUCUCCAAAAACACCUAUCCAAGCAGGGGGAUACGGAGAAUUUGCAGCGUUCAAGUAGCCACAGCACCAUGGCAGCACCCACUCUGUUAUUUAAGUCUUGUGUUCCUACAGUUUCUUAACAUCAAAACUCUAUUCUGCUCCACGAAACCUAAAGUAAUUUAGAAAAGAUACCCAUAAGCUUAAAAGUGGAGCAGAAUGGAACUGCCAGUCCAACACAAUGGGAAAAAGUACCUUUUUGGGAACCAGAAUCCUCUGCUGCCAGUGUUUCUCCUUCAACACAAACCACCACGUGCAUUCGGAGACCCGCAGUGGCUGCCUGUGCCGUUGGCAUCAUUCCCAGGAGAGAGGAGAGGAGAGGGCGCUCGUGGUUUGACUGUGGUGCUCGGGCAUGAGGGGAUGGAACUGCUGCUGCAACUUAGGAGACUUGCUUUGGGUGGUCUGCCGGUGGGCUUUCUCCUUCUAACAACGUACCAUCAGAGGCUGAAUCUCUGAUGAGUGCUAAUUUAAAAGAAUCAUCCUCCGUUCUGAUCUUUUUUUUUUUUUACCCCGGUGUACUCACUUAUGGACAAUGCAGUAUCCCCUUUUCACUGUAUUACCAUGUCAAACACCUAAAUUCGUCUAUACUAUUCGGUUUUAUUCCAGAAAAUUUAAAAGCGUGGGGUGAUGGGAGCUGGAGAAGAUGUUACUCUAAAGGCAAAGAUGUUAAUCUGAAGGAAAAGGGGAUGCUGCUGCACCUUUUUUCACA